AGCAUGGAGGCCGGGGAGCAGGAGCACCAGGAGCCGCCGAGGAGGAGCAGGAGGCCGCCGGGGGUCGAAGAGAGCCAGGAAGAUGCGGCCGUGGAGGAAGUGAUUGUCAUCUCUCCGGUCCCCCUGCCACUGAGAAACUUCGACAGAGACACCACAGAGCCAAUCAGCUUCUACUUUUCCUCCCUGGAGGAGGUGUUGGCCUGGACCCCGACGAGCGACGAUGCCUUCAACAUCUGUAACGUGCCCCUGGCCCCCCGCCAGCCCCCGCUCCACAGCGGGAGACCCCGGACGCUGGUGUGCCACGACAUGAUGGGCGGCUACCUGGAGGACCGGUUCGUCCAGGGCUCGGCGACCCCCGACCCCUACGUCUUCUACCACUGGCAGCACAUCGACAUCUUCGUCUACUUCAGCCACCGCCUGCUCACCAUCCCGCCCGUGGGCUGGACCAACGCCGCCCACCGGCACGGGGUCAGCGUCCUGGGCACCCUGAUCACCGAGUGGACGGAGGGAGCGAGCAUCUGCGAGAUGUUCCUGGGGGGCACCGAGGACACCUUCCGCGCCGUGGCCGACCAGCUGGUCCGCAUCGCCCAGUUCUUCGGCUUCGACGGCUGGCUGGUCAACAUCGAGAACGUACUGACCGCAGCGGCCGUGAGCAACGCGCCCCGCUUCCUGAGGUACCUCACGGAGGAGCUGCAUCGGCAGGUACCCGGCAGCCUGGUGCUGUGGUACGACAGCGUCGUGGAGGGCGGGCAGCUCAAGUGGCAGGACGAGCUGAACGAGAAAAACAGGGUGUUUUUCGAGGCGUGCGACGGGCUGUUCACCAAUUACAACUGGCGGGAGGAGCACCUGGAGCGCACGGCGGCGGCCGCGGGGGCCCGGCCCCAGGACGUCUACGUGGGCGUCGACGUCUUCGCCCGCGGGUCCGUCGUGGGAGGGCGCUUCGAAACCGACAAGUCCCUGGCGCUGAUCCGGAAACACAAGCUCUCGGCCGCGCUGUUCGCCCCCGGCUGGGUCUACGAGUGUCUGGACAGAAGCCACUUCCUCCGUAACCAGGACAGGUGGGUUCGCGGGGCGCCGGGGGGGGGCGGGGCGCGCCUUCCCGGGGCCGGAGAAGCGGGGCUCCGGGCAUCCACAGGGAGGACCGGUUUCAUGAGCCGGCCGAGCCACGGAGCGGGCGGGGACUGA